CAGCCUAAAAAUAAAGCGAAUUGGCAUGAUUCUCCUUAAAAGUUCCUCCCAGCCCAGCUAUUUGUGGAUCACGCUUACACAAGCACACAAAAAUGGUCGAACAGCAAUACAGCGAGAUUGGAGAUUAGAAAUUGCGGCCCUCUCUGAGAGGAUCAGCUUUAGGGAUAAAUCUGAGGCACAAACCCACUUCAGAUCACUCACUGAACGCGCUCAAGACCUCCAGCUCCAAAGCCAAGAAGGGAAAAGAACUGUUCACAAAACAUCUUUGCAGAAUCACUCAGGAGCCAGAAACCAUGUACGAGUACUUGAGUAACAACUGUACAUGCACACACAUCUUGGGUGCGUUUGUGCUCCUGUGGAUUCUGGUGUGGUUCUACCGGGACAACCUUGAGAUCACCAAAGUUUCGGAGAAACAUGUUUUUGUAACCGGCUGCGACUCUGGAUUUGGACAUCUACUGUGUAAACGCCUGGACAAACGUGGUUUCCACGUCCUAGCCGGGUGUCUUACGGAAAAAGGCGCGGAUGAUCUGAAGAGGGCGACUGGACCUUUCCUGAAGACGUGCAUCUUGGACGUGACCAGCAAGGCCAGCAUUCAGAAAGCUUUGGAAUGGACCAAAAAAGAAGUUGGAGAUAAAGGACUUUGGGGUCUCGUGAACAACGCCGGACGCUCGCUUCCCAUGGGUCCAUCGGAGUGGAUGAAGAUCGAGGACUUCGAAAGCACGCUCAAAGUCAACAUGACUGGCGUGAUUGAGAUGACCAUGAACUUCUUCCCUUUAGUCAAAAAAGCGCGUGGACGAGUGGUGAACGUGGCGUCAGUGUUGGGAAGAGUGGCAGCAAACGGCGGAGGGUAUUGCAUCUCAAAAUUCGCAGUGGAGAGCUUCUCAGAUUGUCUCAGGAGGGACAUCCAGAAUUUUGGGGUCAAUGUGUGCAUCAUUGAACCUGGUUUCUUCAAGACACAGGUGACCAGCUUGGACCCUAUAGAGAGGGAACUUCACCGUCUCUGGAACCAACUGACCCCUGAAGUGAAGGAGAGUUACGGAGACAAAUACUUGGAUAAAUACAUCAAGAUCCAGAGGCUGAUCAUGAACACCAUAUGCGACUCCGACCUCAGUAAAGUGACCAGAUGCAUGGAACACGCCCUACUGGCCGUCCACCCAAGAACACGCUACAGCGCAGGAUGGGAUGCCAAGCUCUUGUGGAUCCCCUUGUCUUACAUGCCGGCAUGUGUUGUAGAUAUUGCGCUGAAGCUGGUGUUGCCAAAGCCUGCAAAAAGUGUCUAGAUUUUUAAGUAAUUUUAGGCAAGAUGCUUUUCACUCUUACCUUUUAUUCCUCUUUCACGAUACACUGGAUGACGCUUUAUUAUGGAGUCUAAUUAAGUAACUAGAGUUUACAAACACUAUGUGUCUGUAAAUUUAAUAGUGUAUUUAUGAUGCAAAGUUAUCUGGUAACUGGACACUAUCAGUAAUUUUGUAUAUUUAUGAACCAUUAAGCAAAGUAGUUGAAGGGAUAGUUCACCCAAAAAUGAAAAUUCUGUCAUUAAUUACUCACCCUCAAGUCGUUUCAAACCUGUAAAACCUUUAUUCAUCUUCAGAAGGCAAAUUACAAUAUUUUUGAUGAAAUCCGAGAGCUUUCUGACACUGACAGCAAUGUAACUUAAAUGUUUCCCAGGCCCAGAAACGUAGUAAGGACAUUGGUAAAACAGCUACAAGUUUCACUACUUUUUUCUACUGUUUUACCAAUGUUCUUACUACGUUUCCGGGCCUCGGAACAUUUCAGUUAUGCUGCUGUCUAUGGAGAGUCCGAAAAAAUAUCAGAACGACAUGAGGGUGAUUAAUUAAUGACAGAAUUUUCAUUUUUCGGUGAACUAUCCCUGUAAAAUGUGCCUUGAAAAUGCAUCACCAGUUUGUGCCUGAUGCUCAUCUAACAUAGAUGUUUGGCUAGAGUGACUUUUUGUGUUAUAUUUGUAUGGAACUGUCAGUUACUGGUUUACAGGCAAAUGAAAUUCAACUGUAUUAAUAAAAUUCAAUAAAUGUUAUAAGAACA